AUGGAUAAACCACUAAAGCCCAACGGCCAUUCCGAACACAAGCAUCAUGUCGAAACAACACUGAACUACUGGGACGAUCCUGGAGAUGGGUCACCGCCCACGCCAAUUUUUAUAGGAAAAGGUCAUAUCACCAACGAACGACCACACCUUGCACACCCGUUCGUCGUCCACGAUAUUAGUGGGGACGAAAGACAAUACUCUCUCGACACCACCGGGUUCCAAUAUUGCCGUCACAAAAGCCUGGAGAAGACCUUCACGGACGAGAAUGUAAUCACAUCAACCUACUAUGACGAAUGCAAGCAGCUCCUCCGCAGCGUCACAGGCGCAUCCCGCAUACACAUCUUCAACCACAAGGUCCGCCGCGGCCCAACCCAAUGGCACCACCUCGGCUUUUCCAACCUGAAGAACCGCGGACCCGUCACAAAAACUCACGUCGACCAGUCCUAUGCUGGGGCGGAAAUACGCCUGCGCUGGGAACUCCCUUCUGAAGCUGAAAAAUUGUUGAAACAUCGGUACCAAAUCAUCAACAUCUGGCGGCCGAUUGCCACAAUCGUCAAAGACCCGAUUGCAGUUGCAGAUUCACGGUCAGUCCCGGAUGCUGAUCUCGUCGAGGCGGAUAUGACGGAAAACGGCUUCCCGGGCAAGCAGUGGGUGGUAAGGUAUAAUGCCGAUCAUCACUGGUAUUACAAGUAUCGUAUGGAGCCAGAGGACGUGUUGCUGAUCAAGUGCUUUGAUUCGAAUAAGGGGGUUGCACGCAGGGCGCUACAUAGCGCGUUUGAGGAUAAGGUAUAUGCGGGUGACGUGUCGAGACAGUCGAUCGAAGUAAGGUGUAUUGUGCUUUAUGAUGAUUAG